AUGGAAGACUCGCAGCUACCAUUGGUCCGGUCAGCUAGUGACGCGCAUGAUGCAUGGUCAAGACUGGAAGGACACUUCGAGAAGAGGAGCCUGGCCAACAAGCUCUUCCUUCGUCGACGCUUCUUCACGACGAUGAUGGACGAAGGUGAUGAUGUGCUGGAGCACAUCAACAGACUCAAGACUCUGGCGGAGCAGCUCGACGCAGUGGGUGCUCCGGUUAGCGAGGACGACUUCGUGAUCACGCUUCUAGCCAGCCUCAGCGAGUCGUAUCAGUUCCUGAUUACAGCAUUGGAGUCGAGAGCCGACUCCCUCACGUUGGAGCUAGUGACGUCUCGGCUGCUGCACGAAGACAUGAAGCGCAAGGAACAAGGUGGCGGAAUUGAAGGAUCCGCGCACAGUCAAGCUCAAGCAUUCAUGUCUCGAGAUAACAAGCGCAAGGCUCGACCGAUGAAGAAGACCGGUGCGUGCCACAAGUGUGGAAAACAAGGACACUGGAUUGCGGAAUGCCCUUCGCGGAUCCAAGAAGACGCUGGUAGACAGAGGUUCCAGCGUGCGAAUAUCGCGCAAGAAGAAGAGCUUGGCGAUUAUCUUUUCUCGGUUGGUGGUGACAAGACCAAGUCGAGCAACAUGUGGCUGAUCGACUCGGGUGCGACGCAGCACAUGACAAAUUCAAAAAGGUUCAUGAGGAACUACAAGGAUUUUGGCCCUGUGGAUGUGCAUCUUGCUGAUGACGGUGUGGUCCAAGCAAUUGGAAAAGGUGACAUCGUGAUGACAAUGAAGACUCCGCGCGGGAUCAAGAAGGGUGUGCUCACCGGUGUGUGGCAUAUUCCAAAGUUGUCGCGCAACCUGUUUUCUGUUGGCCGAUUCAUCAAGGACGUUGGACCGGUCACAUUCGAGGUUGAUGGUUGCUUUGCUGAUACAAAGGGUAUCAAGUGGAAACUCGGCGAACUCGAAGGAAAAGGACUGUUCAAGCUCCGUAUGGUACCGGAACUGCCCGACGAGGUCAACGUGGCAAGCUCGAAUACCUGCAAAGCAAGCACCACGUCGUACCUCUGGCACCUUCGACUUGGUCACAUUGGACACGGGGGACUAGAUGCUAUCGUCAAAAACGAUUGCUGCAACGGAAUCAACUUGACCUCGGUAAACAAGUGGGAGCUAUGUGAAGGGUGCGCUCUGGGCAAGCAAACACGGGUGAGCUAUAUGACGAAGUCACCCGAUUGCGCAACGACACUGCUGGAGGUCAUCCACAGCGAUGUGUGUGGUCCUAUGCACACGGCGACAUUCAGUGGAAAACGUUACUUUGUCACGUUUAUCGACGAAUACUCGCACUAUUGUGUGGUGUAUCUGAUGCAAAACAAGUCUGAAGUUUUGACCAAGUUCGCUCAGUUUGUCGCGCUGGCGGAGACACAAACUGGCAAUCGCGUGAGGGUUCUUCGAAGCGACAACGGUGGAGAGUACACCUCCGGUAUGAUGACCAAGUUCUGUUCGGACCAUGGUGUUGUGCAGAAGUUUACACCACCUUACACUCCUCAGCUUAAUGGAGUUGCUGAGCGAAUGAAUCGAACGCUGGUGGAAUGCGCACGCUGCAUGAUGGAACAUGCUGCGAUGUCCAAGUCGUAUUGGGGGUGA